AUGGGAAAAACAGGGGAGAAAGUCGACGAAGAGGUUAUAACGGCUCAUGCAUUUUCCCUCUAUCUUAAUGGAACCGAGACGUCCAGUCUUACCCUGAGUUACGUUGGAUAUGAUUUGGCUGCUCGUCCAGAGAUUCAAGGAAAGGUAAGGAACGAAGUGAUAUCUACGAUCGAGAAGCACGGCGGUUUGACGUACGAGGCGUUGAAGGAGAUGACGUACAUGAACCAAGUAACCAAGUAAACGGUAAAUGGCGAAAUUACAAAUUCAUCAAUUUCAUUUGAGUUAAAAUGAAAUAUGUAAAAAAGAGAUAAACGACUGUGGCCAAAAAGUUUGAUUUCAUAAUAUAAUACGUAUUAAGGCAACUAGAGUGGGAGAAUCAUUUUGGGCAUUAAAGCUUAGAUAGAAUUGCACUGCAAUACGACGAUCAUUCUACAUUGUGCUUUUGAAACUGUUGGAGUAGUUGUAAUUGGGAAUAGUAAUUUAACGAUAUUAUCUCUGUGAGUAACAUAUGGCUUCUGCAUUUGUCACGCUCCUUAUAGGAGCGUUCUUACUAUUCUGUUUUUAUUUGUAUCUGGUAUACAAUCAUUGGAAGAGAAAUGGAAUUCCAACUGCCAAAGGAUGUAUUCCAAUCGUGGGCCACUUGUUACCCGUAGUAAUAAGAAGAAUGAAUCUUGCCGGACUUAUUCGUCAAAUAUACGAAGAUUACAAAGAUUACAGUAUGGUUGGAGUGUACAAAGGGAUAGUGCCGGCACUAGUUGUUCGGGACCCUGAGUUAGUGAAAACCGUACUGCAAAAUAAUUUCUCCAGCUUCCACGAAAAUGGAUUUCAUGUCGAUCCAAACGCGGAUCCUCUUUUAUAUACAAAUCCGUUCUUCUGUUCCGGAGAUAUAUGGUUAACUGGAAGAAAACGUAUAACCUAUGCGUUUUCUAACGUGAGAUUGAAGAUCCUGUUUACAGCUGUUAACGGAGUGUGUAAGAAAUUCGAAAAUUUCUUGAACAGACGACUAGAAAGAAACAACAAGUACGAAAUCGAAUUAAAAGCAUUAUUUUUAAAAUUCACCGGUGAAAUUGUGGCGAACGCUGGCCUAGGUAUCGAGGGUUACUGUUUCGAAGAUGAACCACGUCCUAAUGCAUUCGAUAAACUUUCUGGAGAAGCAUUCGCCGAAUCCUUAUUAUCUAUAAUCAGAUUCCACUUUCCUACUGUCAAUCGUUUUUUGAAGAUCAAAUUCCUGCCUAAACACGUGGAUCAAUUUUUCAGAAAGGUCGUCGCAGAAAAUUUGCAAGUUAGAAGAAGCGAAUCGAUACCUAGGAAAGAUUUCCUUCAAUUAAUGAUCGACAUGGAGAAAGCAGGAGAGCACAUCGCCGAAGAGAUUGUAGUAGCCCACGCAGUUUCCUUCUACCUUGAUGGUAUCGAAACAUCCAGUGUCACCAUGAAUUACGUUGGAUAUGACUUGGCUGCUCGUCCAGAGAUUCAAGAAAAGGUGAGGAACGAAGUGAUAUCUACGAUCGAGAAGCACGGCGGUUUGACGUACGAGGCGUUGAAGGAGAUGACGUACAUGAAUCAAGUAAUUAGUGAAUCUCAAAGAUGUCACGCAGCACUAGGUUUCAUGCAUAAAGUAUGCACGGAAGAAUUCGAGCUUCAAGGAUCCGAUGGAUUGACCUAUCGCGCGAAGCCUGGCACUGACAUAUUCCUAUCCGUUCACGGUCUGCACAACGAUCCCAAUUAUUGGGUUGAUCCAGAAGUUUUCGAUCCGGAACGAUUCAGCGAUGAGAGAAAGCAAACUAUAGAAAAAAUGGUAUAUCUUCCUUUCGGUGAGGGACCAAGAAUUUGCGUUGGAAUGAGAAUGGGUUUGCUACAGGUGAAGGCUUGUUUCGCUACUUUGCUGAGAAACUACAAAUUGGAAUUGUCACCAAAAAUGCAACUUCCAUUGAAAAUGUCGCCGCAUUAUUUCCUAACGCACCCACAUGGCGGUGCUUGGGUAUAUAUCUCUAAGCUUUAAAGUUAUUGAAAAGUUUUUAUAAAUUUUCAUAUAUUUAUGUUCAGAUGUAUAAUACUGCGAAGAUCAACGUUUAUUUCUGUUACGUUGGCUAAGAAUUGUUAAGUAAAAAGGUUUGUUAGAAUAAAGAAGAGAUAAUUAUAGGUGUAAUAUAUUUAUCACUACGCUGCUGCUUCUUUUAAUCGGCAAAAAUAAAGUUAUCAUGACAGCGACCUUUGUUACUUGAUAAUAAAUUCUGAUUUGGCAUUCUAUAUAUAUAUAUAUAUACGCCUUAUUAACAGAGGGGAAUUUAACAUUACGGAAUUGAUACGGAAGUUAUGUAAGCUUUGAACAUGAUGCAAGCGUGAAAGACGAAUGAAUAAAAUAAAAUAAAAAGUUAGACGUAUAGCAUUUAUGGGAGUGUGUAUACGAGUCUAUAUUCCGUGUCUCAAAACGAAGGGACUCGAGCGAGUUUUCUGAGUGGUUUCCCGUGUUCACCGUGGCUAUGUAUACAUAACUGCGUCAAAUAUACGUAUGUGUGUUGGCGUACAUAUUCUAUAUUUUAUAUGUACACAGUACAUAUAUCGUAUCAUCUGCUACGUAAUAUAUGUAUAUAGAAAGACGCGACAAAUUGGCGUGCACUUUCGAAAAUAAAUAAUCCUUUGUUAUAACGUAUCAUAUAGGCUGAUCCACGGUGAUACGAAUAAAAAAGAGUGAUUCUUCUUAACAAAAUAGGAACAAAAUAAAAUAUAGUAAACAAAAUAUAGUAACGCUAUUGACGUAAUUCUUUAAGAUUGGGUUUUUCGUUUUUAGCAAACGACGCAAAAAGAAAGAGUAGAACUGUGGAUAUUGAACUGAUAAUUGUAGAGAUGAUGAAAAUUCUGAGAAAAAAGAAAAACAUAACCUCAUAUCUUGGGAUGGUACAAAUGUUAUCUACAGAUUACAAAUGUUUGUGUAAUAAUUCAGAUCACUUUUGAUAAAAGUAAAUUACAGGCGAAAUAGAGAUUAAUUUCUAAUCUAAUCUUUUAGCUUCCAACUUUGAAGUUUUUCAUCCUGUAAAUAUCAUAAUUCUUGUUUAUAAAUUUACAAGGAAAUCGAAUAAUGAUCGAUUUUUGAGUUUUCUCAA